CUUGGGAUGAUGGUUGCCUGUACCUGGGUAUCCGGCUUCGGAGCUCUGGUUGCCACCUGGUUGGGCCGCUGGGGCAGAUUCGGUCUCGACCAGCAGAUAGGCUCCUGCUCCAUCCUGCCGGACGCGCAAGGCCGCUCCCCCAAGCAGUUCCUCUUCAUGGUCGCCUUUGUCAUUCCCUGCAUCUGCAUCGUUGUCUGCUACGCGAAAAUAUUCUACAUCGUCCGCCGAACUGCCAUGAAGUCCAGACUCACCAACAAUGCCAGGAACAACAAUGUGGCAGUCGGCUACCCUAUGCCGACAAGUAGUACUACUAGCAGUAGUGCUCUAAACUCGGCUAGUACUAACUUCACCACUGCUUCAAAUCGUCCUGGAGGGUUGUUCUCGAAGAACUCCUCAGGGUUUGCAGCUUACUAUACUCGGGGUAGUGGCCGAUCGAAGCUGUUGAGGAAAAACCGCAGACCCAGUUAUUCAAUCGGAGAAGAUUCAGCUGUGGGGUCCAGCAGUACUGAGGCGCCAUCUUUCUCCACCACUGAGAAAUCAUCAAGUCUCACGGAAAACGGGAAUUCAACAUCAACAACCACCACAACAUACGAUAUUAUCCCAGUGAUCAGGAUGGUGACAAUACAAACUGAUCUACCUGACCCACAUCUACUCUCUCCUAAUAAAAGUGUGGUCCUCCCAGAUGUGUCCUCAUCAUCGGGGAUCGAGAAUCCUCUAGGGGAUGAUGAGAGGGAUGCAGUGUUGUCGCGUAGUGUGACACCCACUUCGAUGUGCGGUUCCUCACAUCCGGCCUCACCGACACCGUCUAGGCGGCGGAGUAUCAACCGGAAACGCUACCGGAAGGAGCGGCUUCCUUCCGCAGUGGUCACCACCACUCUCUCCCACAUCGGCGCUGUCUUCCGGCGAAGCAGUCAACUCUCCCGCAGUCCUCGGAGACCCAGCUCGGCCGCCCCUCCCACCCCGGGCAAAAUGACCGCCAAGGACCGCAAACUGCUCAAAAUGAUCCUCGUCAUCUUCGCGUCGUUCGUCACCUGCUAUCUUCCCAUCACCGUUAGCAAAACCACUUUCCGGCACAACAGCAUGGAGACAAGAUGGCUGAACAUUGCUGGGUACAUUCUUAUCUACCUCACCACAUGCAUCAACCCCAUCAUCUAUGUUGUCAUGAGUUCUGAAUACAGACAAGCCUACAAGAAUCUGCUGAUGUGUCGCACUGGAGACAGCAGUUCUCACAACAAUGGAGCUCAUGGUCACAAUAAUCAACCACACAAUAACAAUAAGAACCGUGGAUGACAUAAGGAGAGGCUCAAAAUGACCGUCAUAAAAUAAACUAUUCUUUCUAUUGCUGUCAAAGGUGCGGUUGCACAAAAGCCGGUUAAAUUUUAUCAA